GGCCUGCUUCCACACAGCUGAGUGAGGUGUGAAGGGCUUGGUAAUUACCUGAUGAGUUUAGGAAGGUGUGUUGGCCUAGAUGAAGUACAGUCAUAUGCAGACCAGGGGUCCUGUGGGCUGGACCUGGAACCUGCUGGUGUGGCUUCGCCUGGGGUGCCCUUGCCCGGUAGGGAGGUGGCAGACUGUUAUACUCAGAAUGCAAAAGUCAUCGAGAAACAACUAGAGAGGAAAGGAAUGAGUAAGAAAAGACUGCAGGAACUGCCUGAACUAGAAGCUAAGAAGGCAAAGAUGAAGGGAACCCUUAUUGAUAACCAGUUCAAAUAGUGUGUGUGUAUGUCUGUGUCCUGGUCACGUCGGG